CUCUGAGGGGCGGAGCUGGAGUCUGGACUCCUGGGUCCCGAGGGAGGAAGGGACAGGGACCUCAGACUUGCAGAUGUGAGGAAGGAGGGACUGGAGACCUAGAUUCCCGAGUCUGAGGGAGGAGGGGCUGGGGCCAAACUUCCAGGCUUCUGGUCUUUCUGGCAACGCCCCCCAGGGCCGGGCUUCCAGGAUCCAGCCUCUAUUUAUGGUUCGGCCUCCCGGGACUUGGGAGGUGGAAAGAGGGGCAGAGUGAGUGACAGUGGGAGACACGGACUGAGGCAGAAUGGCCGCGGGAACGCGCUAUGCCGGGAAGGUGGUCGUUGUAACCGGGGGCGGGCGCGGCAUCGGAGCCGGGAUCGUGCGAUCGUUCGUGCAAAGCGGGGCCCAAGUGAUUAUCUGCGACAAAGAUGAGUCUGGGGGCCGGGCCCUGGAGCGGGAGCUUCCUGGAACUGUCUUUCUCCUCUGUGACGUGACUCAGGAGGAAGACAUAAGGACCCUCAUCUCUGAGACCAUCCGCCGUUUUGGCCGCUUGGAUUGUGUGGUCAACAACGCCGGCUACCACCCGCCCCCGCAGUCGCCCGAGGAGACCUCCACCCAGGGCUUCCGGCAGCUGCUGGAACUGAACCUGCUGGGCACAUACACCUUGACCAAGCUCGCCCUCCCGCACCUGCGGAAGAGCCGGGGGAACGUCAUCAACAUCUCCAGCCUGGUCGGGGCGAUUGGCCAGUCCCAGGCUGUUCCCUAUGUGGCCACCAAGGGGGCAGUAACAGCCAUGACCAAAGCCUUGGCCCUGGAUGAGAGUCAAUAUGGCGUCCGAGUCAACUGCAUCUCCCCAGGAAACAUCUGGACCCCAUUGUGGGAGGAGCUGGCAGCCUCAACGCCGGACCCCACGGCCACAAUCCGAGAGGGCACACUGGCCCAGCCCCUGGGCCGCAUGGGCCAGCCAGCUGAGGUGGGGGCUGCCGCCGUCUUCCUGGCCUCCGAAGCCAACUUCUGCACAGGGAUUGAGCUGUUUGUGACUGGGGGUGCGGAGCUGGGGUAUGGGUGCAAGGCCAAGUGGGGCGCCCCUGUGGAAGCCCCCACCAUCCCUCCCUGAUUUCCCACGUUUUCCCUUGGGCCUCCCUGACUAGGACUCUCCCACCCUAAACUCAGUCUCCUAAAUUCUAGCCUCUACCACAUGCCUCUUGGGUGC